AUGGCCCUGAGACUCGUCCUGGUCUUUGCCGUCAGCCUCUGGGUGGGCUGCUCACUCUGUCGUGAGAGAGAAGGUAUGUUAGCUUCCUCCCAGCCCAGAGUGUGGUGCCAGGCCUCCAGGUACCCGGUCGCCAUAGACUGCUCCUGGACCCUGCCGCCCACUCCUCCGAACUCCACCAGGCCCACAUCGUUCAUUGCUACGUACAGGCUCGGCGUGGCAGCCCAUGGGGAAAGCUGGCCCUGCCUCCAGCCGACACCAGAAGCCACCAGCUGUAUCAUCCCCGAUGUCCAGAUGUUCUCCAUGGUGCCCUAUGUGCUCAACAUCACCGCUGUCCACCCCGGUGGUGUCAGCAGCAGCUUCUUGCCCUUUGUCCCAGAGCACAUCAUCAAACCAGACCCUCCAGAAGGCGUGCGCCUGAGCCCCCUCCCUGGGCAGCAGCUGUGGGUGCAAUGGGAGCCCCCCCGGACCUGGCCCUUCCCGGAGAUCUUCUCCCUCAAGUACCGGAUCCGCUACAAGCGUCAUGGGGCUACCCGCUUCCGUCAGGUGGGGCCAAUUGAAGCCACAUCCUUCACCCUCAAGGCUGUGAGGCCUCAAGCCAAGUACUGCAUCCAGGUGGCCGCUCAGGACCUCACCGACUACGGGGAAUGGAGUGCCUGGAGUCUCCCUGCUGCUACAAGUAGCAGGGGCUCCCCGCAUUCCUGA